ACCUUUGCAGUUUGCCCAAAUAUAUAAUAAUAACAUUUACCAAAAUAAAGUCUCAAAUAAUAAGCAAUAAAGUGCUUUUCAUUCAUUGAACUGAUAUCCUCAUAAAUGUCUGUAACCCUCCACACUGAUUUGGGAAAUUUAAAGAUUGAACUCUUCUGCGAAUCUUGUCCCAAAGCUUGUGAGAACUUCCUAGCAUUAUGUGCUAGUGAUUAUUAUAAUGGUUCCCUUUUCCAUAGAAAUAUCAAAGGAUUCAUUGUUCAAACAGGGGACCCAACAGGAACUGGAAAAGGAGGCACUUCAAUAUGGGACAAAAAGUUUGAAGAUGAGUUCAAAGAACAGUUGAAGCACAAUACUAGAGGUAUCAUUUCAAUGGCCAAUAAUGGACCAAACACAAAUGGUAGUCAGUUCUUCAUCUCUUAUGCUGUACAGCCACAUUUGGAUCUGAAAUACACAGUUUUUGGGAAAGUCAUUGAUGGUUUGGAGACAUUGGAUGAACUUGAAAAAGUACCAGUCAAUCCAAAGAACUUCAGACCUGUGAGUGAUAUAAGAAUCAAUAGUGUAACAAUUCAUUCCAAUCCAUUAGCUGGUUGACUAAUACAUGUUUGGCUGAAUAAACUGUUAGGUAUGAUUUUAUA